GCCUUUCCCACCGAUCAGUUUGAGCCUUUUUUGACAUUGGCAACGAAUCCCAAAUCCCAGCCUGUUCCGUCUUCAGAGCUCAGCUCCGAUCUCCGUCCCGUCUCGUCAAUGGCGACUCCCCAGUUCCUCGCGGCGUUCAAGUACGCCGACAGCCUCACCGUCGUCGCCAUCUCCUUCUGCACGGCGAUCGUCUGCGAGGCCAUCUCGUGGCUCCUCAUAUACCGCACCGCCUCCUACAAGACCCUCCGCUCCUCCAUCGACAAGGCCGCGAAGAAGCUCGAGUCCAUGAAGACCGACUCCAACCCCGCCAAGAUCUCCGUCAAGAAGUCCAAGACGAAGAAGAUCGACCGCGUCGAGACCAGCCUCAAGGAGUCCAGCCGCGACCUCUCCCUCUUCAAGUUCAAGUCCGGCGCCGUCGUCGCCCUCGUCCUCUUCGUCGUCUUCGGCCUCCUCAACUCCCUCUUCGAAGGUAAGGUCGUUGCUAAGUUACCGUUUAAGCCGUUCGGGAUUGUUAUGAAGAUGAGCCAUAGAGGUCUGCCGGGCGACGAUGCUACCGAUUGCUCCAUGGCCUUCUUGUAUUUCCUCUGCUCGAUUAGUAUCCGUACCAACCUGCAGAAAUUCCUAGGGUUCUCGCCACCACGGGGAGCCAGCGUCGGGCUCUUCCCGAUGCCGGAUCCGAAGACCAAUUGAUCAGUUUUUGUAGCCCUAAUCUGUAGCUCGCUGCUGCUUUAUGCUCAUUGUUUGCCUCGGGAAACUGAGUGGAUUGAUGUGAUUUGUAGAAUUCGAUGCUAUGGUUUCCAAAUUCUUCACUUAGAAGUAGGAUUGAGCUGAUUAAUUAUGAAUACUGGUGGCUGCACCAGCUGGAUCAGAAGUUAGAACUUAAAAUAAAUUCGAUAAUGUUGCUUGCAAGACUCGUAUUUUUCUUCUCUCUUCCAUCGAUUGAGCUUUCAUUCAUUCUGUUCUGGGAUUAGAUCGUGUUUUUAAGUCGAUUUUUUGUUUA